AUGGAUAAAAUAGAGGAUAAAAUAGAAGGAAAGAACGCCUUCCAGACUCUUCAAUACCAUGGUUCAAGCAGUGUCAACCACCGGAACUCAACGGAGCAAACCUUGGGAAUAUGGAUCGGCAAGUUUAGUCUGUUCAAGAGAGGUUUAGUCAACUUUUUUUUUUCUUUGGGAAUCUCAUGGAAUUUCUCCACUAACGGUUGUUUGGACCAUCUAGAGCCACAUAGUAAUCUCUUCUUCAGUUCUAUCAUUUCUCCCAUUUCCCUCCCAUUCUCUCUAUCACCUUCGUCUACUCUCUCUAUCAAAAGGGCCAGGGUAGAGAGUCUGUACGACCCAGGAUCUCCCUGUUCGUUCAGUCCGUUUGCCGAUUACCUCAGUUCCCGCGUUUCCCGGACUAUUACUCUCUCUCAUCACACCGCCACGUCCUUUCCCGCCCAAAGGCCAUUAGGGAAUGACUUGAAAGCAUUGUCUCUCUUUAUCUUGUGGUCACCCCUCACAUCCAAUGCUGAACUGCAACCAUCCUCUAUAUACCAGCCCCCCCGUCCACCAGCGGCGCUCACUUUGUGA